AUGACCAAUGGGCAGCGGCGUGUUUGCGCCACGCUCGGCACGACGGGCGGGUGUGCGUUCGACAACCUGGACGAGAUCGGUGACGUCUGCAAGGCGUACAAUCUGUGGCUUCACAUCGACGCCGCGUACGCCGGGAGCGCCUUCAUCUGCCCGGAGUUCCGCGUGUGGCUGCAGGGCAUCCAGAAGGCGGACUCGAUCGCCUUCAACCCGUCCAAGUGGCUGCUGGUGCACUUUGACUGCACCGCCAUGUGGCUCAAGAACAGUGGCGCCCUGCACCGCACCUUCAACGUGAACCCGCUCUACCUGCAGCACGAAAACUCUGGCCUCGCCAUCGACUACAUGCACUGGCAAAUCGGGCUCAGCAAGCGCUUCCGGGCGGUCAAGUUGUGGUUCGUGCUGCGCAGUUUCGGCAUCAAGGGCCUGCAGCAGCACAUCCGCGAGGGUGUCCGGCUGGCGCAGAAAUUCGAGGCCCUCGUCCUGGCGGACCACCGCUUCGAGGUGCCGUUCACGCGCUACCUUGGCAUGGUGGUGUUCCGGCUGAAGGGUAGCAACGAGCUGACGGAGAAGCUGCUGAAGCGCAUCAACCACCGGGGCAAGAUACACGCGGUGCCUUCCUCGCUCCGCGGCCUGUACGUCAUCCGGUUCACGGUCACGUCGACGCACACCACCAACGACGAUAUCCUGGGCGACUGGAAGGAGAUCCGCUCGGUCACGUCCGACCUGCUGGACGAGCUGAACCUGCAGGUUCCGCGGACGGACCGCGAACGGGUGUCGCUCAAGGAUACGCGCGCCCGAAACGAAACGUUCGGCUCGAGCCUGCUGCUGGCCAACACGCCGAUGUCGCCCAAGAUCGUGAACGGUUCGUUCGCGGCCAUCUUCGACGCGGACGAGUUCCUGGCCAAACUGUACGCCGGGAUCCGCAUUUCGAACCAGGACUCGCCGGCCAUGCGACGCCGCGUCCGGGGCAUCCUGAUGUCCGGCAAGCAGUUCUCGCUCGACUCGCGCAUGGACCUGGUCGUGCAGGGCAUCGCGCCGGGCGACGUGCGCCGCGGCACAGACCAGAAGCCCAUCACCGAGGAAGAGGUCUCGGAAGCUUGUGAGCAAAUGGAACUGUUCGACCAAGACGAAGACCGCAACCAUCCCCAGACCAGACACCUGAUACACCCGCUCCCGGUCGGCCCUUGUUCCGCCGGGGAACUUCCGGCGGUUCCCCGGGGCCGCUCGCAAAGUGUGGACACCGGCACGCUUCGUGCCCGUGUUAAUCCGUCCGCUUCCGGUAUGCUCCGGACGUUCCUCCUCGGCGUCGACGACCCAUCGCAGACCGCCGUGGCCACCACCACUUUCGGGCAAACGUUCCCCCUUCGCUCACCACCGCCACUCCCGGGGAAGCUGCCCCCGGUGUCCUGCGACUCGAAUCUGGACAGCAUCGACGAGAACGAACCGACCGCCAGCUUCCUGCUGCCACCGCCGCCACCGCCGCCAGCUAGGACCGUCACCGCCCACCACCAGAAGCGCCGCUACUCGGACCACUGCUCGCCCCUCUUCUCGCUCACCGCCCCGAACGUGUACCCGGAGAAGCGCGCCUCGGAACCGGCGAUCCGGUGCGCGUUCUACAACCGCAGCUUCGACAUGCUGUUCGCGGGACGCCGCGAGCCACCGCCCAAGCGUGUCCUCUCGCAGAACGAUCUGCCGCGUGACACCCGCCGGCAGACGGCGGUCCUGCGGCGGCAGAUUUCCACGAUCGCCGAGCUGAAUGUGGUCGCAGCCGAGCCACCCAAAGCCAUUGCGCCCAAGUUCCGGUACUGCAUCUCGGAUGAGUCGGGCCACUGCAUUGAUUUCGAUACGGUUGUGGGGCGCGGGAAGCCGAGGAAGUUGAGCCGGGCCGGGGGCCGAUACCGGGACAGCGAUGAAGAGGAUGACGAGGAGGACGACGAGGACGAAGAGGACGAUGAGGCGUUGCUGCGCGAUGUGCUGCGGUUCGAGGAGAACUUUGUGGAAAAGUGCGAGCAAAUCUGUCCGACGCCACGGGCCGGCCUCUGUCUGGAUACGAUCGAGCAGCAGGUGCUGGACGAGCUGCGCAAGGUGUCCGGGGAGGGGGCACGGGGCCGUUCGAUCGAUGAGGAGCCGCCAGCGGCGGCGGACGAGGUGAUCUACGAGAACGUGCAGCUCUGCCGGAAAUGUGGCCACCAGAGGAUCAAGUUAUAA